UUCAUCAAAAGAAAAAAAAAGAAAAAACAAUGCAGGCUAACUUGUGCCAUUAAUCUUAUCAUGCCAAUCAUGUGGUCCAACCUAAACCCAAACUUAAGGACCAAGCAUCUCUUUUUUUUUUACGUAAAUAUGAAACUGUCCAGGGGCCUUCAUGCAAAGUUCUCCUUUUUAUAUUACAAAUUAGUUCUUUUCAGGCGCUUCCUCUGAAGAGAGCAGUCGCUCCCUCUCCCCUCCCCUUCUUCUUCUCUCUCUCGCCCUGCGCUCCCUCUUGCGGUGGUGGAGAUCGGGGGAAUGGGAGUAGAGGAGGAUCGGCGGCGUCGGAGGACGAGAUCGGAGCUCGUAUCAGCUUCCGCUUAGGUUUUCUGUGCGUCUUGAAUUCGUUUGUGGGGAGGAGAUGGGGAGGCGAUUAGGGCUCGUGGCGGUGGUGGCGGUGGUGCUUGCGGCAGCGGUGUCGGCGGCGGAGGGGAAGAGGCGGCGACACGCGUAUGCGGCGAUGAUGUACAUGGGAACGCCGAGGGACUACGAGUUCUACGUGGCGACGCGGGUGAUGAUGCGAUCUCUGGUCAAGCUUCGCGUCGACGCUGACCUCGUCGUCAUCGCCUCCUCCGACGUCCCCAUCCCAUGGACUCGAUCCCUGAAAGAGGAUGGUGUGAAAGUGGUUACGGUGGAGAACUUGAAAAAUCCAUAUGAGAAGCAGGACAACUUCAAUUCCAGGUUUAAGUUGACACUGAACAAGCUUUAUGCAUGGAGCCUAGUGGCGUAUGACCGGGUUGUCAUGCUCGACUCCGACAACCUCUUCCUUCAAAGAACCGAUGAGCUCUUCCAGUGUGGUCAGUUCUGUGCUGUCUUCAUCAACCCCUGCAUCUUCCACACUGGGCUCUUUGUUCUUCAGCCUUCAAUGGAGGUCUUCAGAAGCAUGUUUCAUGACUUAGAAACUGGACGAGAAAAUCCAGAUGGUGCAGAUCAGGGCUUCCUCACCAGCUACUUCCCAGAUUUGCUUGACCGUCCAAUGUUUCAUCCACCUUCCAAUGGUUCCAAGCUAGAUGGCAUGUAUCGCCUUCCUUUGGGAUACCAGAUGGAUGCUUCCUACUACUAUCUCAAGCUUCGUUGGAGCAUACCAUGUGGACCAAACAGUGUAAUUACUUUCCCUAGUGCACCAUGGUUGAAGCCAUGGUAUUGGUGGUCUUGGCCAGUCCUGCCUUUAGGCUUUUCUUGGCACGAGCAACGUCGAAAAACUCUUGGGUACAGUUUAGAGUUGCCGGUGAUACUGAUCCAGUCUGUACUGUAUCUUGGGGUCAUGGCAGUUACCCAGAUGACACGGCCCAGCUUGUUGAAGCUGUGUUACAACCGGCGAGCUGAGAAGAGGAGCUUCACCUUCUCACACACCAUGAUCAAGGUGGCUGCUUUAUGGUCCAUAUUAGCAGCAUACACCAUUCCCUUCUUCCUGAUCCCUCGUGCCGUGCACCCGUUUCUAGGCUGGUCUCUCUACUUGUUUGGCUCAUCAGCUCUAGCUUCUAUAGUAAUCAAUCUCUUCAUGCUCCCACCAGUCCCUGUCCUUGCACCCUGGAUGGGGAUCUUUGGUGCUCUAUUUGUUAUGGCAUUCCCUUUGUAUUCUGAUGGUAUUGUCAGGGCCUUGUCAUUGUUUGCCUACGCCUUCUGCUGUGCCCCAGUUCUUUGGGGUUCGUUGAUGAGGGUGUUGGGCUCCUUGCAGGUCCUGUUUGAAAGGGAGGCCUUCUUUCCAAAGCUAGGAGAGCCGUCAUGGCCACCACGAUUCAGCAAGCUCUAUUAAGAGAGAUGAGCUAUUAUCCAUGACAUGAAGGGAUCUGAUCGACUAAUCUUAUUCAUGAUCUUAUUCGUGCUAACAAUUUUGGCCAUUCUUGUGCGUCAGCUGUGUAUUUGUGAAUUGUUGUAUUGUUGUAUUAGUGCUGCCAGAUGGCAGGGCACUUAGGAGGGGGAUUAUUUACAUUUUAUUCAUUUAUUUCCCCUGUUGAUCCGUUGACUUUGGAGUAGGUUGUUGGAUUGAUCUAGUAAAUAUCUGCUGUAAAUUAGCAUUUUUCUA